GGAGAGUGGAGAAGCCUCGCUACCCUGCUUCCUGUCUCUCUUCAUUUUAAGAACAUCUCUGCAGCAGUAAGCAAGCCCUCUCCCCACAGGGCUCCUAGUUGCAAAGCCCCACGCCCUCACAUCUGUUCAAGGAACAAGAGGAAGAAAGACAGGCUUGGAGGUUCAGGCCUCUGAUGAUUCAGGCCCUCGCCUGCCUCAGCAAGGCCACAAUGCCCGCAGGAGUCUCUUCCGGGCUCCUCUUCCUGGUGCUGCACCUGGCACUCUGCCCAGUGGUCACUCAGGGAAAGGAAGUGGUGCUGGGCAAAGAAGGGGGCACCGUGGAGCUGCCCUGCACAGUGUCCCAGAGGAGGAGCGUGCCCUUCAGCUGGAAAUUUCGCAACGAUACCAAGAUUCUGGCCCAACAGAACUCCUACCUGAUUCGAGGGAAAACCCACCUGCAUAACCGCAUUGACUCCAAGAGCAGUCAGUGGGAUAAAGGGUCCUUUCCCCUGAUCAUCCGGAAGCUGGAGGUGAAAGACUCAGAGUUCUACAUCUGCGAAGUGGAUAACAAGAAGAUGCCAGUGGAGCUGCAGGUGUUCAGACUGACUGCCAGCUCAGGCACUCGCCUGGUGCAGGGGCAGACUUUGAGCCUGGCCGUGGAGGGGCCCCGGGACAGCAAGCCGUCAGUACGGUUCACCAGCCCAAGGGGUGAACCUAUCGAAGGGAAGAUGAACAUCUUAGUGCCUGAUAUGAAGGUCCAGGACAGCGGCACCUGGAAAUGCACCGUCUCCCAGGACAAUAAGCAGCUCCAGCUGGACAUCCACAUCUUGGUGCUAAGUUUUCAGAUGGGGAAGACACCCAGCACCUUCUACAACAAAGAGGGGGAGUCGCUGGAGCUGUCCUUCCCGCUGACCUUCGACAAUGAAAACCUGCUGUUCCAUGGGGAGCUGAGCUGGCAGGCAGACAGGGCUUCUUCCUCUCAGUCCUGGAUCACCUUCUCCGUGGAGAACAAGAAGGUGACCAUAGUAAACGUCGCCCAGGACCCCAAGCUCCAGAUGGCGGAGAAAACCCCUCUGUGCCUCACCCUGUCCCCAGUCUUGCUCCAGCACGCUGGCUCCGGAAACCUGACUCUGACCCUGGACAGAGGCCAGAGGCUGCACCAAGAAGUGAACCUGGUGGUGAUGCGGGUGACGCAGAACCAGAGCUCUCUGGUCUGUGAGGUGCUGGGACCCACCUCCCCCACGCUGGUGCUGAGUUGGAAGCUGAAGGACAAGAAGCCUCAGGUCUCGAAGCAAGAGAAACAGGUUCAGGUGUUGCUUGCUGAGGCAGGGACAUGGCAGUGUCUCCUGAGUGAUGGGGACCAGGUCCUUCUGGAGUCCAAGGUCGACGCUGUGUUCACAGGGCUGCACCAGGACCAGUCGAUGUUCCUGGCUAUAGUGCUGGGGGGCACCCUGGGCUUUCUGUUCCUCACCGGGCUCUGCAUCUUCUGUUGUGUCCGAUGCCGGCACCAACGGCGCCAGGCAGCGAGGAUGUCUCAGAUCAAGCGGCUCCUCAGUGAGAAGAAGACCUGCCAGUGCUCCCACCGGCUGAAGACUCGCAACGUCACUUGAGGCCUUGAGGCGUCCCCAGCCGUCCACCGUGUCUCCUGUCAGGCGCGGACCAGAUGAAUGUAGCAGAUCCCAGGGCUCUGGCCUCCUCCUUUCCCCGGCUCCGCCACUUGCCAUUGUUUCUCCUCCUCUGCUCCCAGCCAGACUGGGCUCUUAAGCACACUGUUCCUUCUCCAGAAGCUCAAAGGCACUGUUCAUGCUCUGCAAACCCCAGCCCGCUCAGGUCUCCUGAGCCCCUCCCCAGCAGCCACACAGUGAGUAGGACCUGCCAGCCUGGAAACACAGCAGGUGCCUGUCAGCUUGCAGGACAGGAUCCUGUGACCAGAGAGCAGGAACUCGCUGAGGACCACACAGCCUGUCAAGGACAGAAGCAGAUCCACAGGCCCUGAAGCCAGCCCCCUCUACCCCGGACUGCCUGCCCCUCAGCCUGUGUUGGCAGGACCACCUCACAUCCUGACCGGCACACAAACAGGCCUCCAUGGACACAUACCCAUGUACACGGCCACACACUUGCCCUUGUGCACAAUUUCUUAUCACCCAGGCAGCGUAUCUCAAUUUAUAAACCGGUGCACAUCCUC